UAGAAAGCAACUUCGACGGUCGAGUUCCGAAAAUGAUGAGGCCAUUGGUGCGACUUCAGUUUAUAGGUCUGCUCUUGGCGAUCGUUAUUCUGAGAGAGAUUCGGGCACGUGAAGCGAUCACCUCCGUUCCAGAUGUGGGUCAAAUCAUCAAAGAUCUCGAUGGACUGCAUAUCGAUGGAGCUACAAUUGAGCGAGGAGCCCCGUGUCGCGUGGACAUGCAAAAGGACCUGCCCCGUCCGGACCAAGUGCAGCCCCUCUACCUCCGCCCCGGCACGGAUCUCUACUGGCUGCCCAAUGCCGAUGGACAGCUGGAGAUUCCCCGCGGCGCCAGCAUCGAGCUGCACUGCAGCCAUUCCUUCGCAGGGUCCUUGGACGCGGAACUGCGCUCGAUUCGCGUGAAGUGUGUGCAGGACACAGCCUUCGAGUGGCAGGGGUCGAAAAUCAAAUUCCGCGAUUUUGUAUGCACUCGCUCUAUUCCCUACACCGUGGAGCGAUUGGACAAGCGUUGCGGGGACGCCACCUCGUCCUUGUAUCGCGUGGGCUAUGACACCGGAGAUGGCAGAUUUGUGGCCACCAUGGAGCUGUGCCACGACCCCCAGCACCUGCGCACCCACUAUGCCCGCCAUCAGCUGACACCGGCCAGUGUGCACUUCCAGAAGAACGUGAAACGCCUGAAGUUCAGCGCCGCCGGCCACUUUAGCGGCUUUGACAUGGCCAGGAUUUACUCGCACAAGAGUCAGGAGAAACUGGGUAUGGCGCCCGGACUGAUAGACGUGAAGAGUGGCCUCUUCCUGGCCCGAGGACAUCUGGCGGCCAAGGCGGACCUGAUCUAUGCCAGCCAGCAGAGGAGCAGCUUUAACUACGUGAACGUGGCCCCCCAGUGGCAGAGCUUCAAUGGGGGUCAGUGGGCCGUCCUGGAGGACUCCACGAGGCGCUAUGUGGCCAGCUCCGGGAUCUCGGCCACAGUGUAUACGGGCACGUAUGGCGAUAUGAAGGUGGCCGGCAGCAAAAGCCUCCACCUGACCACCGAUGCCAAUAAUAAUGGGCUGGUCACCGUUCCCCAGCUCUUCUAUCGCAUCCUCGUCGACAAUGGAAGCCCGACCCGCGGAAUCGCUUUGCUGGGCGUCAACAAUCCACAUGCCACCCUCGCCCAGAUCCACGACUCCUAUAUCAUCUGCGAUCCCGUCGAGGACCAGGUGCCAUGGCUGAGCUGGCUGCACAAAAGCAACGCCAAGGGUAACCUGAAGAAGGGCUAUUUGUAUGCCUGCUCUGUGGCGGAUUUGGCCCGGGUUGUCCAACAGCUGCCACGCCCACUUCUCCAGGUGGACGAGCUGCUCACUUAGAUGCGGGCGGUGGGUGUUUAGUUUAUAGUUAACCUGAGUGCAAUAAAGACUGAGUGGAUUGUGUGUCACAA